UUGACCCGCCCACCUAAGUUCAUUAACUCACCUUCCCACAAAGCCCACACUCUUCUGCUAUUAAAAUCCCUCUCCUUCCCAUUUCUCUGGGAAACAAUACCCAAUCUCCAGAUCUCCCACUCCCAUGGCCGGAAUGUUCUCCUCUAUUCGCCGAUUCUACCUCAUCCUCUAUAACUGGAUACUUUUCUUGGGAUGGCUCCAGGUCUUUUACCUCGCCGUCAAAACUCUCAGAGAAUCCGGCCACCAAUCCGUGUACGCUGCCGUCGACAAGCCCCUCAUUCUCGCGCAAUCCGCCGCUCUCCUCGAAAUCUUCCACAGCUUAAUUGGGAUCGUCAGAUCUCCGGUGAGCGCUACUCUUCCGCAGGUCAGUUCCAGGUUGUACGUAACAUGGGGUAUCCUGUACAGCUUCCCAGAAAUCCGGACCCAUUUCCUCGUCGCGUCUUUGGUGAUUAGCUGGUCAAUCACCGAAAUUAUCAGGUACUCGUUUUUCGGGGUCAAGGAAGUUUUCGGGUUUACACCUUCCUGGCUGCUUUGGCUGAGGUACAGCACGUUCCUUUUAUUGUACCCUUCGGGCAUCACUAGUGAGGUGGGUUUGAUAUACUAUGCGCUGCCUUAUAUGAGGGAAUCCGGGAAAUACAGCAUCAGGAUGCCCAAUAAGUGGAAUUUCGCGUUUGAUUAUUAUUACAAUGCACUUGUGAUUCUUGGGUUCUAUGUCCCGGGCAGUCCUCAUAUGUAUGGAUAUAUGUUGGGGCAGAGGAAAAAAGCUCUCUCCAAGUCUAAAGCUGAGUAGUAAAUUCAAGAUUCCGGGAUUCUUGCUCUUGUUCGGCAUCUAUCAUUUGUGUUGAAGAUUGUUUCUGUUUGCCCCAUUUACAGUUCAUGGGAAAAGUGAUGUCAUUCUUAACUUUAAUUCAGUUCAUUUGUGAGUUUUUACCUUCUCUUGGCAAUUCUUGGUCAUGAUUUUAGUUUUAUGCAUCUUGAAUUUGUCUA